CACCAAACUGGAAAUUUGAAACAUGAUCCUAUCCUUUCUGCUGAAAUGAACAUGUAAUGUCUGCAGUGUUACAGAAAUGUCAGGAAUGUAAAAUGUGUUGGACUUUUUCUUUAAGACAGAAUGACUAAAGUCCCACCUGAAUCCACAUUUAAUGUUGAUGCUGGUUUCCUCACUUUAGCCUUCAUCUCUGCAAGUGCACGGCUCUUCCAUCCUGUCAGUAUCCUCCAUCCACCAUCCCCUCACUUCCACCAACACCCGUCUCAUCCACAGAGAGAGAGAGAGAGAGAGAGAGGGGGGGGGAGAGAGAGAGAGAGGAGGAGGAGAGAGAGAUCCUCCUUGGCACACACCCGUCAGUGUCUCAGUGUGAUUUUGACUGACUGACUGACUGACUGACGGGGAAUUCUGGAGGAAACACGCCGGGAAGGAUUCACUCUCUGCUUUUUCACCGUCUUGUCUGUCACUGAUCUCCCCGCCGAUGGUUUUCUAACCUCACCUCCUGUCUGACCGCUUCGCCAUCGGAUUUUAACUUGUUUCUCUGACCACUUUGAUUGGCUGAACCGGGGCUGAUCCCAGCCACCCUGGGCCGUGGCCGUGGGGCUGUUCAGCGAGCCUUCCAGCUGAAGUUGGCACCCAAGAUGAGCGUCUGGAGAGCCGGGAGCGGGGCUCUCUUCUCGCCGGGGAGAGGCUUUGGGUCGUGGCGGUGCUGCUGGUGGUCGUGGUGGUGGGUGAUGGUGAUCGGGGUGGCUGUGGGUUCGGGGGAUCCCUGGAUGUCCGCGGAGGCAUGCCCGUCGUCUUGCUCCUGCAGCAGCACCAGGAUCUCCUGCGUGGACCCCGAACGGGGGAUCAAUUCCUUCCCGUUGCUGCAGAGCGAGGCGGAGAUGGAGAACAUCACCGACAUCUACAUCGCCAACCAGAGCAGCUUCUCCUCCAUCAACGACAAAGACCUGUACUACUACAAGAAUCUCAGGAACCUAACGGUGACCAACAGCAGGCUGACAUAUGUAUCGAAGCUGGCCUUUCAGAACAACAUCAAGCUACAGUACCUGAAUCUAAAGGACAACAACCUUUCAUCACUGUCCUGGAGGAUAUUCAGACACCUCAACAUUUCAUAUCUGAUCCUGUCAGGGAACCCUCUGCACUGUUCCUGUGAGAACAUGUGGAUCAAGCUGUGGUUAGGAGAGGAAGCAGACACUCAGGAGCUGCGCUGCAUCGAGGACGGAGGAGGCCGCAAGCUGCUGUCCAGACUGAGUCUACCUAACUGUGAGGUUCCCAUGGCAACGUUGAGCCCAUCCAAAGUGACAUUAAUGGAGGGGAAGAGCGUGGACCUGUCCUGUACGACCUCAGGGGUGCCCUCACCUGAGCUGAUAUGGAACAUGGUGCUGGUCUCCAAUUAUGAGAUCGAGACAUCAGGCCAGAUUUCGGUGCUGCGACUCUCCAACAUCUCGUCUCAGGACCACAACAGCAAGAUCAGCUGCACAGCUGAGAACAUUGUUGGAGAGAAAGAGUCCUCGCUGCAGCUGAAUAUUCUUUUUCCUCCCAAAAUCACUAAGCUGAGUGAUGCAAUCCCCGACCAUCACUGGUGCAUCCCCUUCAGUAUGUCAGGAAACCCAAAGCCAAUGUUACAGUGGUUCCGAGAUGACGAAGUGGUGACGGAGGGGCACUUUAUCAAGACAAUGAUCUAUGACGUCACAGAGAGGGAGUACCACGGAUGCCUGCAGCUCGACAGCCCUACGCACCUAAACAACGGGCGCUACACGCUCCUGGCUACAAACGAAUACGGGUCAGACCAAAAGGACAUUGAGGCCCACUUCAUGAGAAAGCCCUGGGAGGGACCUGAGACAGAUCCCACAUAUUAUGAUCUUGCAACAGAUGACCCGCCUGUAGAGCCUCCUGAAGACAAAGUCGCUGUGUACGUGGUGGUGGGCAUUACUGCCGUCGCCUUCAUCGGUUUCUUUCUCAUGUUCGUUAUUCUCAAGUUUGGAGGAAACUCCAAGUUUGGCAUCAAAGGACCAUCUUCAGUGAUCAGCAAUGAUGAUGACUCCGCCUCCCCGCUUCAUCACGUCUCAAACGGCAGCAACACUCCGUCAUCCUCAGAGAUGGGCCCUGACGCCGUGAUUAUCGGCAUGACCAAGAUCCCAGUGAUAGAAAACCCGCAGUACUUCAGGAGCACCAACAGCCUGCUCAAAACCGACACGUUCGUACAGCACAUAAAGAGGCACAACAUUGUACUGAAGAGAGAGCUGGGAGAGGGAGCCUUUGGGAAAGUCUUCCUGGCUGAAUGUUACAACCUCUCACCUGACCAGGAGAAGAUACUGGUGGCUGUCAAGACACUUAAAGAGGCCAGUGAAAAUGCCAGGAAGGAUUUCCACCGGGAAGCUGAGCUGCUGACCAACCUUCAACAUGAACACAUUGUCACUUUCUAUGGCGUGUGCGUGGAGAGCGACCCUCUCAUCAUGGUGUUUGAGUACAUGAAACAUGGAGACCUCAACAAGUUCCUCAGGGCUCACGGUCCAGAUGCAGUCCUGAUGGCGGAGGGUCAGACCACCAGACCUGUGGAGCUGACUCAGUCUCAGAUGCUGCACAUCGCUCAGCAGAUAGCAUCCGGCAUGGUCUACCUGGCCUCACAGCAUUUUGUGCACCGUGACCUGGCCACCAGGAACUGCCUGGUGGGGGAGAACCUGCUGGUAAAGAUCGGAGACUUUGGCAUGUCCAGAGACGUCUACAGCACGGACUACUACAGGGUUGGAGGUCACACCAUGCUGCCGAUCCGCUGGAUGCCUCCUGAAAGCAUCAUGUACAGAAAGUUCACCACAGAAAGUGAUGUGUGGAGUCUAGGAGUCGUUCUCUGGGAGAUCUUCACCUACGGCAAACAGCCCUGGUACCAGCUCUCCAACAACGAGGUGAUAGAGUGUAUAACGCAGGGCAGGGUGCUGCAGCGCCCCAGGACCUGUCCUAAAGAAGUGUAUGACCUGAUGCUGGGCUGCUGGCAGAGAGAGCCGCACAUGAGACUCAACAUCAAAGAAAUCCACGGUCUGCUCCUGAACCUGGCUAAGGCCUCACCUGUGUACCUGGACAUACUGGGCUGAACACGGGAGGACGACGAGGCAGAGAUUUAGAUGUGUGUGUGUGUACUCCUCUAGCUUAAGAGUGUAUGAGCAUUUUAAGGGUGCAUGCAUGUGUGAGUGUUUUUCUGUUGGGGUGACGCCCGUGAAUGAAGCGCGUGAUCCUCGUGUGAGUGUGCGUGCGAGGUUCCACUGUACAGGAUGUGAAGCUAUUACCAGACUCUCAAAGGCAAUCAAAAUAUUCCUCAUCCCGUCCCCAAUCGCCUCGUUCCUUCCUCCAAUUUCCUCUCCUUUGUGCAUCUCUUCUGCUCCUUCCCUGCUCCGUCCUUCCCAGAGAGACAUUUACUGAGAGUAAUUUAACUUCAGAGGAGAAAAAAGCUCCUCGCUCUUCUUUUUCGAAUGCUUUAAACUGACUUGGGCUUGAAAACCUGAUUAAACAGGACUGAAACAUUUAGUGACUCAUCCCCUCGCUGCCUGUCGGACAACAGGACCCAGAAAUUUCAAGGAGCUGGAGGAUUUUCAUGAUUUUUUGCGUGUAAAUAUGAGACUGUAUGACGGCGAGAUGGCUCUAGGUGACGUCGAGCCAUGACGACACUGUGUUUCCCCUCCAACCCAUCUGUUUACCUGUCUAUCUGUCUCUCAGUAUUAACAGCAUUCAUAUUACUACAGCUAACCAUGGGAUGAUUUUAACAGUACAUUUACUACAAGGGAAAAGUAAACACAAUCUGGUGUUCUACAUGAGACAAAAAAGGGGAUUUCUGGAACAUUACAGUGCCUGCUGAAGCUGAGCUAAACUUCUGUGAUGAUAUUCACAAUGAAACCUGAGGAAUUUUACUUUAUGUGAAUCCUAGAUAUGUUAAAAAAAAAAAAAAAAAAAAAAAAAGGCUUGAAAUAUCUGGCACUACUCUGCAGUGAGUGUGGUUACAUGGACUCUAGUAUCCCGGUUUUGAUCUGGUUUUCCAGGUAUACUGUUUUGUGUUUGAACAUUUAAACAUCAUAUCCCGAUUUCAAGAACUUUAUAAGUCCUUAUCCUGAUUUCGAGAGGUUUGCUAUUUCAAGGAACUCUGAAAGAAAACAGAAUGCAACAGGUGCAACAUAAGCAAAGUGACAUAGCAAAAUAACCAUGGCCAAGGCAACAACAGUUUUGCCUUUUAUGAGUGUCCCAUUUGUACCUUUUACCUGGACCCCUUGCUUUUGAGGGCCCCCUUGCCCCAAGAAACAUGGAACAAACCUUUAAAGGUCCCGAUACUUCAUCAGUACUCGUUGACAGCAUUUACACUGACAGACACAAUGACAAUACCAGAACCUUUUAAGUUCCCGAUACUUCAUCAUUGACAGCAUUUACAUAAUCAGACACAAUGACAAUACCAUUCAUUUCUACCUGGAGCCAUUUUUUUCGAAUACAUGUUUGAAAGCAAAAGGACCAUCUUACUGAUAAUUUGCAAGGCAUUCAGGGAAAUUUUCCGUAACACUUGGUUUGAAGUAUGCCUCUUAAAAAUCUCAGCUUGAAAGGCCAUGUAGCCCUUACCCUCCAUUUUAACUAGAAAUGGGACACCACAUGCAAAUUGGGGUAGCAAUAUGUCUAUGGGGCAAGGGAUGUUUUGGAAUUGAGCCUCAAUCUUAAAGGCCCUUUUUUAAGCCCCACCCUUUUUGGUUACUAUUGAGCUCAACAGUGCCCACCAACUUUCUGGGCAGCUCUUGUUCUGAAGGCAAAAUCUGCUAUUCAAAUCCCCCAUAGACAUUUAGCAAAAUCCUAAUUACAACACUACAUGAACCAAGUUGACCAUCUACCUGACUACUCAUGACUAUAAAGCAUUUGAUUCAGUGCAAAACUGGCAAUUGAAAAUGGAGAAUAAGGCGAAAGGUACUAGACUGUGUACAUAUUUCUGUACAAGGAGGAAGGAACUACGUAUCCCACAAUGAAGGUCACGACUUCACCUUAAAGCACUGAAAAGACUUAGCCCAGGGGAAAGAUUGUCAAACAGAAGUUUCCUAGCAAGUAACGAUGUUCCCAGGCCGCUAUUUUCCCAAUCGACUAAAUGCAUAUUUAAAUCACAUGCAAUAGACUAGUCGAAAAUGCUCAUAAAACAGUCCAUUUAUUACAUGCUCAUAGUGUGAGUUGGUACAUGAUUUGAGGCUGCUGUGCCCAGUACAGUGUGGCUGAAGUUAGCAGCUUACUCUGCCAGCCUUCGUUCCUCUUUUUAGAAAUACCAUGCCUAAUGUGGUUACCAAUCUCUUCAGCUGAGUAGUUAAACAUGAGUAUAAACCUUGUGUCCUGUGAAGUGCUCUAGGUAAUCUCUAGCAGGAAGGCAGUGGCCUUGAACUGACGCUACAGCAACUAGUAGCAGGAGGCUUCAUUACAUUUUUAAAAGGGCAUUUGACCAGAAUUUCAGGCCUGUACUUAUAAAUAAAAAUUGAUGUACGAUUAAUCGACUCAUAAAUCUUGUGCCUGCUAAUUUUAUAUCCAAAUUUAGGUGGCUUACCACACAGAUCCACAGUGAGAGUGGGCUCCCUCAUUAGUGGGUCAGCAGACUAGAGUGAACUUCAGUUAGAGGUUUAGACGAGUGAUAGGAUCAAAAUUCGAACCUAUUCAAGUUUGUUCUGAAGAGGCUAAAGGAUGCUGAUCUCCCAACAUGCUCUGGGGAGCAAGUAAGGUCAUGUUUGAAAGUAGUGAAGAAAUAUUAUUACUUAAAAACUAGCAUGUAAACAAGAAACGGUUUUCAGGAACCAGGAUAGUAUUUAACAUGUAUGCAGGGAUAUGAAUAAUAAUGUUUCCCUGUGUAAAUGUAAAUACCAUAGUUGAACCUGGGAAAAGGCUUGUAACCAUGAUGCUUAAGUCCAUGUAACUGCACUUAAUAUUUCCUCAUGCAACAAACUGAUACAUAUAAAUAUAUAUGCACUCAUAGCUGCCUGGUGUUACACUCUUACUUCGCUCAGGCCUCAACCACAGAGCACACGGUAACAUGAUGACUGUGCUCCCCCUUUCCCCAUCCAGCCUCCACCUCAGAGUGACAGAUGCUACUUGUGAUGUCAAGCGCUCAUGUCGGAGGUCAAUUGAUUGAUUUGUACGCAGCUGUCCGACGAUGCUGAGGUCUCUGUGUCGGAGGAGGAAGGGGGUGUAAAAGUUGCAGGGGGAGGCUGGGUUUUUAAGUGGUCAGAUCUCGGUCGGCCGUGUGGGCGGUGGUGCUGUAGAAGGUGUGGUUCAUUUGGUCAACCCAUAUUAAAUCAUCAAGGCUUUCAGCACUCAGACAUCCUUGAAAACCACAUCUGUGCUGGAGGGGGGCGGCAAAACAACACACAAACACACACUAUAUACCUUACCAGUCAUCCCUCCUUCUCCCCACGCACACAAACACACACUAAAAGACACUCAAAACUGUCCAAGAAGGAAAUUGAAUUGUGCAUGUUUUAUUAUUUGAGCGGUGCAGUGCUUUAGCCGGGCCCAGUCCACUGUAAUGGUGUAAUGUAUAUUUCAUUACACCCUAAUGGGCUCCAUUAGCACAGUCUCCUCACAGACAUUCAAGACUUAUUGUUUUAUGGCUGAGAAGGAUGGAUGGAAGGGUGGAGAGGAGAGGUGAAGGAGAGGAGGAACAUGGGAGAAGAGGAGCAGUGGAGAGGAGAAAUAAGAGGAGAGGUAAUAAUGCAUAUUGGGGAAGAAAUGGAGAGGAAAGGAGAGAGUCCCGAACUGAAGCAAUGAGGUAGAAAUGAGGCAAGGAAAGGUACGAAUGGGUCAUGAGGAGGAAGAGGAAGGAGGAAGAGGAGGUGUGAAAGUCCUCAGGGAGAAAGUGAAAGUGAGCAUCCAUCAUCGCUGCAGCAUAUGUUCUGUAAGCCACAACUUCAACCCUCCAUCACAUUCCUACGUCCAGCCUCAACCGCACACAAACACUCACACUUGCAUAUUACUGGCAAUCCACCAAGAGCUUACACUGAAAAUAAACUCAAUAAUGCACCGCACAUCCCCAUUAUGGAGAACCACUUCACUCACUUACAGCACUGCUCACAUAGCUGCUCUUACCGACAAACUGUAUAUUUACAGCAGCCUACAUGCAUGCAAGGAAACAUGUUUAAUCUUUGUUUGGAGUAUAUUUUACCCAGUUCAGACAAAAGAUUACAGACGAGAUGGGUUGAAACUCGCAAUUGCCCUGUGAUGGGCUGCUCUGCAACAUUCUGAAAACCUGUCAGUUCACAACACUGCAACUGGAGAUGAUGCAUCGUUUGCACAACAACAACUCAAUCCAUUUAAAGUGAUUUCAUAAACAGCUUUGUACACAGAGUACAUUUUUUGUCCAGACUUGCCACAUGUUAAAAAGUAAAUACAAUCUUAUACUGUCGUAAGCAUAUUUGCACACUGACAUUCAUUAGUCAAUUUUUCGGAGCAUGUUUAAUUUUUUUGCAUCCAUCAACCUAUUUAAAUACAUGACUGGUUUUAAUCAGUGCAGCGGCUGCGCUCAAGCCUCACUUUAAACACAGUGAUCUGCAGAAGUAUUACAUGAUAUAAUAAAAAAUGAAAGCCAAUAUUUGUACUCACAGCAACAUAACAAAUACUGAAUCGAAAGUUGCAAUUCAUCUUUCCAGCUUGGCACAGAGAUGUGAUAUAUAAGCUUGUACUCCAUGAAAAUCAGGGUUUUUUUUUUUAAGUUGGAAAGAACCACCGAAUCAUCUUCUCUUCGCAGGAUAAAACCAUUUGCCACAUUUUAACAUUUUAGUAGUGAAUACAAAAUAAUCAAAUCUGACUUGUGUGCAAGGUUUGAGUAUGUGGCAAUAUUUAUUGAAUUACAGACCCAAAAAAUACAUGAAAAAAUAUCAGCCUGUGCAGAGAGCUUUAAUCUGUAUCUAUAAUAGAGACAGUACUGCAAAUUCACAUAUUUUUCAUGUGUUUUUAGGGUAAACAAUGUUAUCAGCAUGAUGUCGGUACCAGCAGAUAUUAGCUAAACAAGUAAAAUAUCGGUAUCUGCAGUUUUAAGAAUUUCUACUGAUAUUUUGGCUAUAAAAAUCUGCCUCCAUCAGCUGUAAAUAAUGGCUGUACAAAAAGUUAAGUUAGUGGAGUUUUAGGCCAAACCAACAGACCUAUGUCAGCUCAACUAUUUUCUUUAUCCGUAAUUCCUUACACUUUUAAGUGUGUUUCAAGGUCUAAAAUUUGUUAAAGGGGACAUUUUAUGCAAAUAUCACUUUUUCAGGCUUUUGUAACAAAAAUGUGUGCCCUUGGUC